AUGUCUGCACAACAGGCGAGUCAACAAAAUGCCGAUUCUGGCAAAGUCAACUUCCCCACAGAUGCGUCUCUCCCCGGUGAAUACUUCGAGAUCCGUCAGACUCACCCGACUGGAGACUACAAACCGGACCCGUCCAAGUCCCUACCUCUGUCAACUGCACGCCAAUCAUUGAUAGACGACAUCAUCGCGCUUUACGAGAUGAAGCCGACAGUGGACCGCGUCAAGCGCUACACUCCGGACUGUGUGUAUAAUGACCAAUUUGUCUAUGCCAACGACCGGUACAAAAUGGCGGGACAGUGGUUUGCACUACCCAAGCUUUUUGCUGGGGCGAAAAGCCACGGAUAUGAGGUCGUGACCAAUGACCGAGAUCUGAUCCAGUUCAAGCACGAAGAGGAGUGGACUUUCAAGGUUAUUCCAAAGACGGCGGUAGUGAAUGCAAUUGUGAGCUUGUCCUUGGAUCCGGCGACAAUCGACAGUGAUUUCAUCCAGGUCAAGUAUCACAAAGACCAGGCGAAUGAGAAAGACUACUCAAACGAAGGUUUUGGCGCUGUUAUCAAAAAGUUCCAGGCCGAUAAAGUGGUCAAUCUCAUGGACAGUGCCGAGGUGAAGCAAUUCGAAGCAGACAAGGACGCUGGCAAGGAGAAGAGACGAGAGUAUGGCACGGGCAAGAAAGAGGGCGACGCCCCUGUGAAGGACCUGUAA